AUGUCUCAGGAAAUUCACACGGGAGUCUGGAUUGACUGGAGCCAUGGUAGAGUUCUAGGCGCCACGAUCACCAUGUCCGCCCGCGACGGGGCUCUUCUGCUUGCCUUCAUCGCAACAUUCGUCACCGUGGUCGCAACGAGGCUCUGGAGGAUUGUCACAUUUGCAUGCCAUCAGAUCCUUGCAUCUGGGGGUGAACAUGAUGGAUUGUACUACCAACGACAACUCAUUCUCCGAAACACACCGACACCGAUGGCCGCCACUGGGUUGUUUCUCCGUCAGGCUUGGAAUUGGCGGGGCCACGCGAACUACCCACUCCUCAGAACACUUCCAUGGGCCAUUGGCGGAGUUUUGUAUGUUGCGGUCUUUGCAGUUGCAGCCAUAUUCUCGUCUCGUAUCUCGGAUGGUGCCACACAAUUCCGAUUAUUGGCUGCGGGCGAUUGUGGUGCAUUUGAACCGGCGGACAGGGACGCUCUCCAACAGAAAUCAACCUACGACAACUCCAUGGCUUCAGUCUAUGCUCGACAGUGCUACACAAACUCUUCAGCGGCCUCGUGCAACAGUCUACCGGUCUCUUCGAUACGCUGGACGGGAACAUCUGUCGAAUGCCCUUUUGCGGACGACAUCUGCGCGGGAUCCACCGGAGCCAGCGCUUUCAAAAUGGAGUCGGAGGUGAUCAAUUCACAAUCGCAUUUGGGUAUCAACGGGGCUGAUAAAUAUCGCGUCGAUUACCGAAGAGAAACCGUGUGUGCUCCACUCAUCACAGGGUCCAGGUUCGCCCGAGAUGUGAACGGAAGCGAAGCAGAGACUUUGGGGUGGGAAGACAACGUUCUGACCAAGUAUCUGUAUGGGAACCUGGAAUCUCGGAAUUAUACGCAUAUCUACAACAAGUAUGGACAGAAUAUGCACAUUGGAUAUGGCACUGGAGUCUACGUCUCAUUCGCUCACAGAACCGACAACUACUGGAAACCGAUAGAUGCGUUGGCCCUCGACCACAGAGAUAUCACACUGAUGUUUAUCGCACCCAACUCCGUCCUUCAUCUGCAUCAAAAUGACGAUCCUGUUUUUGGAGCCAAUAUUCCUGUGGUUACUGAGGAUGGUACCACUUACUAUCAGCCCGACCGAUACGUAAGCCCUAUUGCUUGUGCCGACAGGCAUGAGAUUUGCAAUCCCAAUAACGGCAUCUGCACUUCUCUGGUAGGGAGUGGCGAGAUUAUGUCAAGCGCGCGAGAAGAGCGUUUGGAGCUCGACCCGGUACAACUGGCAACUAGCUUUCUCGAGGCACAAGAGUUGGUGGCGGAAUUGACGCAGCUCAAAUUGCCUUCCGACCAGUGGAAGAGGGAGAUGGGACGCCUUUUCGCCGAUGCUCUGUCCAAGCUUCAGCACCAAGUGACGGAGUACGCCACGGGACCUUCAAUCGCUGUGCCAGGAUCGAUCUUCAAAGCUUGGAGCGCCAGCGCAAACAGCUCGGAAGCCGACGAGCAGGUGCAAGAUGCACAUGAAGCAAUGUGCAAAUCCCAAAUUACUAGGGAUGCCCAGGGCACACUUAACUUUUCUAUCUUGGGACUAUCGCUUCUACUAGCCGUGGGAUUCGUGAUUAUUGGGCUGUCGUUUGUCCUGGAACCCACGACGAUCUUCUUGCAGAAGAAAUCAGGAUACGGAGCGACAAAAGCUAAGAGAUGGGAGCGAGAUGAAAAUCUGCAAGUCAUGCGCAUGCUGUUUGAGUUGAGAUAUGCGGGCAGAUGGAAGGGAAGAACGGACUCUUUCCCAACUACUAUCUCUAAGGAUCGAUUCAGAUAUGACGCGGAUUACCUUGGCGAAGAGCAAAUGUACCAGGAAAUCCGGCACAAGGCAGGCGGGGUCAAGUCUUGA